GAAAGCACUUUCGUUUUACGAAAAAGCACUCGGUAUUCAAGAAAAAAUUCUUUCUGAAAAUCAUUCUGACUUAGCUACUUCAUACAACAACAUUGGUCAUGUGUAUGUCAACUUGGAAGAAUACUCGAAAGCACUUUCAUUCUUCGAAAAAGCACUUGGAAUUCGAGAAAAAACUCUUCCUGCAAAUCAUCCUUCAUUGGCUACUUCGUACAACAACAUUGGUUCAAUGUAUUCUGAGAUGGGAGAAUACUCGAAAGCACUUUCAUUUUACGAAAAAACACUUGGAAUUGACGAAAAUACUCUUUCUGAAAAUGAUCCCUCAUUGGCUACUUCAUACAACAACAUUGGUAGUAUGUAUGAUAAGAUGGAAGAAUACUCAAAAGCACUCUCCUAUUUUGAACGUGCUCUAGACAUUACCAAAGUUUCAUUACCACCAAAUCAUCCUGACUUGGCUAAUUCUCACAACUAUCUUGGUAGAGUAUAUUAUAACAUGAAUGAAUAUUCAACAGCUCUCUCAUAUUUCGAACAUGCCUUGGAAAUUCUCGAAGUUUCAUUAUCAUCAAAUCACCCUGAUGUUGAAGGUGUGAAAGAGUGGAUUGAAAUUGUAAAAGAAGAAUUAUAA